AUGCAGUGCUUGAAUAGAAAACAGCCAGGCUCAGGCCAGGUCAGCCAGGCCAAACAGGCUCAGGGCCAGGCCAGGCCUGAGGCCACAGCCCAGGCCCAGGCCCAGGCCCAGGGCCUCAGGGCCAGGUCAGCACAGGGCUUGAGGCAGUCAGGUUUAGGCCAGGCCAGCAGUUUAGGUCAGGCCAGGCCAGGCUUGAACAGGGCCGAGGGCUUCAGGCUUAGGGCCAGGCUUGUGGCCAGGGCCGAGGUCAGGGGCCAGGGCCAGGCCAGGCUUGUGGCCAGGCUUGAAGCCAGGGCCAGGCCAGGCCAGGUCAGGCUUGGCUUCAGGCUUUGUGCCCAGGGCCAGGCUUCCCAGCCAGUGCUUGCGCUAGGCCAGGCCUGUGGUCAGAACAAAGGCCAGGCUCAGUCAGGGCCAGGGUCAGGCACAGAAGCCAGGGUCAGGGCUUCAGGCUGUGCCCAGGCCCAGGCUUCCAGGGUCAGGCCCAGGUCACCAGCUCAGGUCAGGGCUGAAAGCCCAGGGCCAGGCCAGGGCUCAGGCUCAGGCCUAGGGCUUCAGGGGGCUAGGGCUCAGGGCCACAGGGCCCAGGGCCAGGUCGGGUGGCCCAGGCCCAGCUUAUGGCCAGGGCCAGUCAGGCCCCAGUCAGGCUUCGAGGGCCAGGGUCAGACAGUCAGGCUCAGGCAGGCUUCAGGCCCAGGGCCCCAGGCCCAGGGCCGCGAGCCCAGUGCUCCAGGCCGCAGGGUCAGCGCCAGGGCCAGGGCCCAGUGGCUCAGGCUCAGGCCCAGGCCUCAGGCCCAGGGCCCGUGGGCCGCAGGCCAGGGCCAGGGCCCAGGCCAGGGCUUCAGUGGCCUAGGGCCCAGGCUCAGGGCCAGGCUCAGGGCCAGGCUCGAGGCCCAGGGCCAGGUCGAGGGCCAGGCUUCAGGGCUCAGGCCAGCUUCAGGGUCAGGCUCAGGCUGUGGGUUUAGGCUUCAGGGGUUUAGGGCCAGGUUUGUGGUCAGUGCCUGUGCCGAGGUCAGGCUUGUGGCCAGGCUCAGCCAGGCCAGGGUCAGAAGCCAGCUCAGGGCUUCAGUCAGGGCCAGGGCUUCAGGGCCCAGGCUCAGGCUGGCCAGUUUCAGGCUUAGGCUUAGGGCCAGGGCCCAGGUUUGUGGCUUGUGGGCUCAGGUCAGGCUUCAGUUUCAGGUCAGGCUGUGCUUCAGCCAGUGCCCAGGUUUCAGCGCCAGGUCGAGGCCAGGGAAGCCCAGGCUCAGGCUCAGUGGCUCAGGGCCAGUGGGCUUGGCACAGGCCAGGCCAGGCUUCAGGCCAGGCCAGGCUCAGGCCAGGGCUUGUGCCCAGGGCUUCAGGGUUUGUGGCUUGUGGCCCAGGGCCAGCUCAGCAGCUCAGGCCAGCGUCUGUGCUCAGGCUUCUAGCCAGUUUAGGGUUGUGAAGCUUGUGGUUUUAGGUUUAUGUCAGGCCAGGCUUGUGGCUUUAUGGUCAGUGCUCAGGCCGCAGUUUGGAAGCCUGUGCCUGGCUCAGGGCCUUCGUGGUCAGGGCCAGUGCCUGAAAGCCAGGGCCCAGGCCAGGCUCAGGCUUAGGGCCAGGUCAGGGCCCAGGGUCAGGGCCAGGCCUGGAAGCUUCUGUGUGGCCAGGGCCCAGGCCGAGGCGUCAGGCCAGGUUAGGCCAGCCCAGGCCAGGCCAGGCCAGGCCGAGGGCAGCCCAGGCCAGCCCGAGGCCUGGAACAGGCCGCAGGGUCAGGCCCAGGCCCGAGGGCCAGGGUCAGGCCAGGCCCAGGGUCAGGCCGGCGGCUGCGCUGUGCCUUCGAGUCAGGUCAGGCCCAGGCCAGGUCAGCCAGGCCAGGCCCAGCUCAGCCAGGCCAGCUCAGGGCCGAGGCCAGGCAGGCCGAGGCCAGGCCCAGGGCCGAGGCCAGGGCCAGCCAGUGGUCAGUGCCCAGGCUUAGCCGUCAGCUGCAGGCCCAGGCUUGUGCUCAGGCCGAGGCGUCAGGCCGAGGCGAGGCCGAGGCUUCCAGGGCCGAGGGUCAGGGCCAGGCCAGGGUCAGGGCCAGGUCAGGCCAGGCCAGGCCCAGGCUGCGGCCGAGGCCGAGGGCCAGCCGAGCCGAGGCCAGCGGGCCAGGGCCGCGAGGGUCAGGCCAGGGUCAGGCCAGGGCACAGGGCCGAGGCCGAGGACACAGGCCGAGGACACAGCCAGGCCAGGGCCUAG